AUGCGAGAUAAGAAGGAGAGGUGGGAGGGCAGACGCAAAAGAGAAGACCUGUCCCGUGAUGACUUGCUGUUUCUGCUCAGUAUCUUGGAGGGGGAACUACAGGCCAGAGAUGAGGUAAUCACUGUGCUGAAAUCAGAGAGGACAAAUUUGGCUCCCCUUUGUGCCCACUACGGUUUCAGUGGACCGGAUAAGGUGCUCUGUGCCCUGCAGAGAGACUCCCACCAAGCACAGCAGGACUGCCUACAGGAUGUGUACGAAAAACCAAUUGCUAAGCUCAAUCACUUGGUGGAGGCCCAGAAGCGUUCAACCAAACGGAUGCUGAAACAGCUUGUGGAGGUGUCCCGCUCUCACAGUGGUGCCCUACUCAAGCUAGAGGAGCAAGAGGGGAGCCACAGGGCUUUUAUCCAUAAGAGCAACUGCCUUACCAGUCUACUGGAGCAGGACAGAGAAAGGUUGGUGCACCCAAACCCUAGAGGCUUUUAUGAAUGCCUAAGAAAAGACAACAUUGAUAUUUUAUAG